AGAGUUCAUAAAAAUGCGUUUACUUGCUUUUAUACGGAUCGAAGAAAAGGAAACAAGAUUUUGUGGAAUUCGAAUUCCAAAUAAACCGCUGGCAAUUCUUUUAGCGUUAAUGCAAUUAUCAAUUUCAAUAGCAUCAUUUCUACAGCACGUUUAUUCAUUUUACAAACACCGGAAGAUAUUUGAAUGCCACUCAGAUAUACCGAAUAACUCUAGUCUAGAGACACAUUUUCUCGCGCACGAUAUCAUUAUUUUUGACUUUGGUUUAAUGCACAGAGUUCUUGGAACAAAUGAAUGUGUUGCGAAUUACUUGGAUGGUGGAUACAUGAGAUUUGCAUGGACAAUUGAACAGUCAAGUGCACUUUCUAUAUCACUUAUAUCAUUGAUGUGUGUCCCAAAACCGUUGUGGUUGUUAUGGCCAGGUCUUCUAAUGCAAUCCUCUUAUACUCUUGGCCUAUCUGUCCUUACAAUGGCAACUGCUCCAAAAAUUCUUGAAGCACUGGGAGGAGUAAUUGAUUUUGAGCUUGCACUAAUAUUCACAGUCUACUCUAUGGGAUUUGCAAUGAAUUGGCUGUUCACAUUUGUUCUUUGGCACUAUUAUUGGCAUCGGGAACGGAAGUUUCUUGCAGAAAGAGGAAUUUUCCCACCUCCGGAAUUUGUUUAACAUACGGCAGGCUUAGACAUAAUUGUCUUUCUUUUUUAAGUUAAUUUGACUUUUUAAAAUCCGUAUUCAAUGUUUCAUGUUUGGUUGUAGUAAUAACGGGUGAAUAAUAUAAAUUUCAUUUGGCUCAUUUUUUUUCAAUUUACAUACCAACUCAUAAUGAAACAGGUGAAAACUUGAUCAUCGAUGAAAUAUGAAAUAAAGUAUUUAAUUGAA